CCCCGGCCUGCCCCAGCCGCCUUCUGUAUUUGCCGCCCCGGAGCCGGCGGGCCGGAGCGCGGCGCGGCCCACGGCCGCCAUGUACGGGGGCCAGCAGCAGCUGCAGCCCCUCGCGCCGCCCCCGCACCUGCAGCAGCAGCAGCACCACUACUACCGCCGCCAGCAGCACUACAGCACGCUCCCCGCCGCCCGGCGGCCCCUGCCCUGCCCGGAGCCGCUGCCCCGGCCCCUGCCCUGCCGGGAGCCCCCGCCCUGCCCGGAGCCGCCGCCGCCGCCGCGCCCCCCGCCGUGCCGGGAGCCGCCGCCCUGCCCCGAGCCGCCGCGGCCCCUGCCGUGCUUCGAGCCCGCGCCCCAGCAGCCGCAGGACAGCAGCCCGGCGUGCGACCGGGUGCGGACCUACGGCCCCGGCUGCCGGCGGGUGAGCGCCGCGUCCUGCUCCUCCCGGGCGGCCUCGCCGCUGGAGUGCGCGCACGGCUACCAGCAAGUCGGCUCCGGCUGCGACCCGCUGCAACAGGGCACUGUUCGAAGGAUUAUUAUUGAGAAUCCUGAUCAGGAGCCAUUAUCCCCAUUUCUUAGAGGGGGCAACUUCUUUCCUGGAAAUAAUGUCAUCUAUGAAAAGACAAUAAGAAAAUAUGAGCUAUUAAAUCCCCACCAAGAGAAGCAGUAUCAGUUUUCCCACCAGUGUCAGAUUCCCCAGGCAGCCGAUCAGUGCCAUGUGGCCCAGCACUCCGAGCAGUCCCAGGUCACUCACCAGUGCCAACAGACACAGACCAGCAGCCCUUGUGAAAUAAUUCCAGUCUCUGUGAGUGAUGACUGCAGAGGAAACACAGUGAGGAGGGUAACAGUUCAAACCUGUGAACCGGUGAACUGCUCUCAGGAAAAUGGUGACCAGCUGGACUGCCGCUACUUCGGGGAGCUCCUUGCUGAACUGAACCGCAAAACCAACGACUUGUACAGUUGUUUACUACAGCAUGUGGAAAAGAUAGGAAGGAACAAUGACAUCGAGUUUACGUGUCAGACUGAAGAUGUUGAAGAUUUAAUUCCCAAAGGACUGUCUGAGGCAACAAAGCAGCAGAUUCGUUAUCUCCUCCAGAUGAGAGUGACAUCAGAUAAAUCUUUGAGACUUGUGCUUUCCACUUUCAAAAAUCUACGUGAAGAGCUUCGCCACUUGCAGGAUGACUUGGGGAAGUUAGAAACUGACAGUGUCUUACUUAAGAAGGAUUUGGCUUUUAAAGAUUCUCAAGUGAAAGAAUAUGAAACUAUGUUGGCUUCGUUGAGAGAGAAUAAUCGUCAGCAACAGCAGGGACUGCGGGACAGCACUGCAAGAUGUCGCUCUCUGGAAGAGCAGCUCCUCUCCCUUCGGCUCAGUGAGGGAGAGAAGGACUGUCAGCUGAAGGAACUGGAGUACUGCAAGCGUGCCUUGGAGCAGGAGAUCCAGAGCCUCCGGCUGCAGACCUGCUCUAGCCCAACACUGCAGACCACCACAGACGAACUCUCCAGCCGUUACGUGGAGAUGAUCAAUAACUUGAGAGAGGAUAAAGAUCGUGAGAUCCGCAGCCUGAGGGCUCAGUUAUGCCAAUUCCAGCAAGACAUAUCAAGGAGAGAAGGAAAUAACAGUGACUUGCAAAUAAGGCUGCAGGAACUGACAUCGAUGUUGGAAGAGAAAGAUGCUUUUAUUAAGCAACAGCAAGAGGACCUCUUCAGAUUGAAGCAUGAGAAAUUAUCCGGCAGUCAGUCCCCCGGUGUAACAACCAUCAUCACUAAGAAGUACAGGAAUCAGUAUCCUAUCCUGGGUCUCCUGUCUGAUGACUACAAGGUUACAUCGCCUGUCAAUAAAUCACAAACUGUUGUGAUCGAGAGGACUGGAGAGAUAUGGAAACACGAAUGAAAGAAGUCUCAGAGCCAUCGGAGCUGCCCAAAGGAUUCACAACAGUAAAAUUGCUUUACUUUCUGCUAUUUUGCAUCCAAAAAAGGUUCAGUCUGACAGUGAGAAAGGCUGGGGAACAUCCUACAGACACGGAAGCACAAAGAUGAUGGAAAAGAGUCACAUCCCCAUCAUAAAGGACUCUGUUACUCACGUCCAUCCUCGGCCACUACCAUCUGUGUACUUCUCCGCGCACUCACUUUCUCUCAGAGGAGUGGUGUGCCCCGCUGUCGUGGACUUCAGUUUUUCUCAGCAUGACUAACUUCUGUUCUUCAGCCAGCCCUGGAGCGAUCUAAGAGGCAAAAAUGACGCUGCCUGAAACCUUUUCUGCUCUGUACUAGUAGCUGUCUUCUUCUGCCCUGUCUCCUGGUGCUGACAAGCGAGGACGGCCCAGGUCAGCCCCACACGUACCGAGCGGCUGGUUUCAGUAGGUGCGAGCUUGCCCCUUGCCUAGCGCUGCCUGGCGCAGAGGAAGCAAACCCCGACACAGCCUUCCCGGGGAGCUUUAGUCGCUUCCCUCGCGCCUGCCCGGGUGGGAAGCUGCAAGCCAGAGGCAAACACGGCUGGCAUGCAGCUCCUCAGGCUCGGCGACUGAAUUGGCACGUACCAGUUCCCCAGUGCAGUCAAACGGCUGGGCAAAUGCUCUUUAAAGAAUGUUACUGGCCUCCGAGUUAGUAUGCUUUCAGCUGAGCCUCUGUAAGCCCUGAAACCAGCCAUAAGUAUUUAUGUGCUGUGCUUGAGAAUCUCAAGAACUUGGUAUAUUUUUAUAUUAAAAAAAACUUAGUCUUUGAGUUAACACUAUUGGAGCAACCUGCCCUUUCCAAUUUCUGCUCCUUGCAGGACUACAAAAACGAUCUGAAAAUGAUUUUGUAUUAAUAAUGGAGUAGUUGCUUGAGCAACACAGUGCAGAGAAUCAACAGGGAAACUUCAAACUAUGCAAUCAAAAGGUGCUAAGCUCUAUCAUGGGGUUCUUGCUUUGCUUCUGGAGACAUGUAUUUCUAUUCACAAGUAACAUAUACGCAGACAACCUUUAGUGGUGAAAGAAUGCUGUAGGCUACGUGUAACCAUGAAAUAAACUUUCCAAUGUAACAUUCUGAA